AUGUUCCAGUGGUACGAGAAUGCUGCUGUCUGUUACGCGUAUCUUGCAGAUGUCGAAGAACUUCACCCGCCUCUCAGAGAACCUGAAAACAGCAGCGCCACCAUAAAAAUCGAAGCAGAAAUCGAAGCAGAGCUCACUAAUAGCGACUGGAAACAAUUCCAAGAUUCGAGAUGGCAUCGGCGUGGCUGA